AUGUCUUAAAUAAAGUUUUGCUUAUACCACUAAGUGUAUUUUGGAUAAGGUGUGUACAUGGCUAGUUCUUAAAAUAAUUGGAAAAUAGAUGAGAGUAGUAGGAUGACCUGUAUUAAAGUAAAAAAGUAUUUAAAAAUGUAGUUUAAUCGAUGGGAACUUGAGUUAUAGGUAACUGAUGCAUAAUUGGAAUAUAAAUAUGUGAUUGCAGAUUAUGAUAACCCAUCUUUACACUAAUAAAUUUGGGAAAGAGGUAACAACAGAAAUGUAAUUAAAUCUAAAUCAAAUAGUUCAGAAACUAUAAGUAUACAAACAUAUUCAUUAAUAUCAUAGAAGAUAUAUGGGAGAAAAGAAUGAUUUCUCUAAAAUUAAUGGCUUUAAAUAAUAAUUCUUUAGCCAUCGUAAUAGGGAACUUCCCAGCUUUGUCAACUCCAAUUCAAAUGAAAUUGUUAGAAAAGAAAUAGAUGAAGUAUUUUACUGCUAAAUUUUACAUUGACAUCACUAAUUCGGAUUAAGUGAUUCAAUUUCAAUACUAUUUGCUUAUAAAAGAUCCUAGUAAUAGAAUUUUGUAAAUUUUAGCCCCUAUGGAAUUCAUAAGUAAUCCAAUAACUCUUGGCAUUUCGGAAAGAAAUUAAGAAAUAUGUCAAGCAAUCUCAUUUUAUAGAAUUGCUAUAUGUUGA